AUUUCUUCAGAAAUAAACGUGACAACUGUGUAGUGACUGUCACGAGCACGUCACAGCAGCUGUGACACGCAUCGCCGACUAAGCUGAGCUCGCCGUGUUCCGCGUCAUAAGUCAAGAUCACUCUCUCCAGGUUCCCCAACCCCGACUUCAAGUCCUUCUACUUUGCGCUUGACGCUUUACGACAAUGUUCAUUAUUAACUGGUUCUGGGAUGUCCUUGCCCAACUUGGGCUCAUGCACAAGAACGCCAAAAUCCUCUUCCUGGGAUUGGACAAUGCAGGCAAGACGACUCUACUCCAUAUGCUGAAGAAUGACCGACUAGCCACGUUGCAACCAACGCUCCAUCCUACCUCGGAGGAGCUCGCUAUUGGAAACGUGAAGUUCACGACAUAUGACUUGGGAGGACAUCAGCAGGCUCGCCGACUCUGGCGUGAUUACUUCCCCGAGGUCGACGGUAUCGUCUUCCUCGUCGACGCGGCUGAUUUCGAGCGAUUCCCUGAGUCCAAAGCCGAGUUGGACGCCCUUCUCUCCAUUGAGGAACUUUCCAAGGUUCCCUUCCUCAUUCUCGGAAACAAGAUUGAUGCUCCCGGCGCUGUAAGUGAGGAGGAGCUCAGACAUCAUCUAGGCCUUUAUCAGACUACCGGCAAGGGCAAGGUCCCUCUUAACGAUAUUCGCCCUAUCGAGAUCUUCAUGUGCUCCGUUGUGCAAAGGCAAGGUUACGGAGAGGGCUUCAGAUGGCUGUCCCAAUACGUAAGUCUUAUUAUGCUCCUCAGUUGGCCCAUUGACCCGUGUCUAAUCCUGUGUAUUAGAUCUGAGCAUGCUCUCAGGUGGAUGUAGGAUACGGGUGUCGUCUAGAUUACUGUCAUAACAUUCAUUUUUACUGGCUUUCCUUGCAUUCUGUUGCUGGAUAUGUUAUCUAUCGUUUUGUUUCUUGUUACAUUCCUUGCUUUCGGGUUCAAUUAAGUUAUGAA